AUGCUUAUUGAACAUACGCUUUCUUAUGCUUUUAUAGUUUCUACACCUCCGAAUGUGCCAGACCGUUUCAUCACGGUUAUUUUUCAAAACAAACUGAAUCGAGAAGCGAGAGUCGUGCCAAGUAAAGGAACACACAAUAAUCGAGGCUACGUGGUAGGACGAAACAGUUUAGUUAAUGUGAGCAUCAUUAUCAAAGGUGAAAAAACCGUGCAACCAGUCACGUUUCGAGGAGAAGAUUUGGAAACUCAGUCUACUUUUAUGCUAAACAAAUCACUCUCUCCGAUCUCACUUACUUCUUCCGAUACACCAGACGUUGUCACAAGUAUUUCAAUAACUGCUGAAGGUACUGUAUCAGGGCUUUAGAUUUAAUUAGCUAACACGUGGGUUUCACUAACUACUAUCAUGCAGCAGAUGCCAGAUGGUGCUCAACCUCUAGUUAACGGACUACGAAAAUAAUCUUAAUUCUUUUAUCCCGCAGUCUUGUAUUUGAAGAUAAAUAAAUAGUACUUUAAGUAGCUCCUAUAUAUAGGUGUCCACAUUUCUGAAGUCGACCACCGUCUGCUAACACUUGUUUAAUUCACCUGCUUUUGCUACAAGCGAGCGUCCGAUGGAGAACAGCAUCAUGCCCAUUCCAACUGUGUAUAAAUGCUAUGAACUAUCUAUCAGCGAAUAUUGCGUGCGUAUAGUUGCAUUCACUGAUGAUUUGUCAUUGUGCAGAGGAGGUUGGACAGCUAAUUAGGAGAAUCUGGGCGAAUCUCUCGACCAAUCAGAUUGCGCCAUUUUCCUCAUGCUCGCAUGAAGCUUUUGGCAUCGAAAAUUUACAUAGGGCUCAUAAAUAUCGACUUGUUUCAUGUUGUUAUGCACAUUUUUUUUUUAAAUUUCACGCGAUACUACUUUUACAACAGUGAAUCUACCCAUUGGAACGGUAUCUUCAAAGGUAAGCGUUAUUUUCCAGUUUAUUUUGACCUCUCACUUUGGGCGCUAUGCCGUCGCGAUGUAAUUUAGUGGCGUUUCUGUCAACAAUCUUUGAAGACAAAAAUCUCAAAUUUCCACGGUUCGAUUUCGCUAUUUUUUUCACGAUUAGUUAAACAAAAGUAUAAUCUUUAAUUCUAUCCAGCCGGCCCCCCUCGGUCCCGCAACCGUUUUCGAGAUAUUCACCGUUGAAUAUAGCCCUCUGUAAAAUAUGUUACCUUGUCACUCAGAUCGAUAAUGAACUGCUGUUACUCGCUUUUUUCUAAAGAAGUGUGAUAUAUUAUAGAAGUUUCGAUAUAUUAUGGAUUGUAUAUAUUGCAGUUAAAGUGUGCGAAUAAUUAAAGCCCUUCCAUAACAAUAUUUUACAAGUGAAAUUUAUUGUUUGGCUGAUGUUUUAGAUUUGAGAUUCGUGAUUUUGGCUGGAUUCUAUUUUUGUCAAUGAUUUUGUCUGCAAGAAUUAAGCAUCAUCAUUAAAUUUGGAGGUAAAAUCGAUCCUUCCAAUCUGUACAGACCUUCUACAUCUGCAAGAUCUCCGAUGCUAUGAUUGUCUCUCCAUCGAGUGACCAAAACCUUGUUCACCUUUCUGGUUAUGUUAUUGGUAUGACUUCUGGAUUUUCAAAACUAACCCAGCGUCAACCAGAAUAACUACUCAUCCACCUGUUUCAAAAAUGGCUGGUAAAAGUUAACCCUGGUUUAGAUGCUAAAUUUGUCCUCAAAAUUUUCUCCCACUUAAUUGUUGCCAAGGCUAUGUCUGUACUUCAUGCUGGUCAAAAAGACAAUCUGAUUUAUCACACUGCUCGAUGCUUUGGAGAACAACGCCAUGGAGAUGUUGGUCUGAUGCCAUUGGAUAGAAUGCCCUUUAUAGGAGUGAAGGCCCACUUGGCCUUUUUUUAACAGUAUUUUGUAAUGAUGUUACACAACUAAUUCAGAUAAAGUUUGAGAAAUGGUGGUUCUUUCAAUGUUAAGCCCUAGAGAGGGGGUGGGGUUGGGCAUAUGUGGGGCAUUUGAUUUUUUGAGCAAAUUUUCAAUCAAAUGCCCCACUGUUAGGUAAUAAAUAUUGGUCAAACACCCCCACCAUUUUGCAAUAAAUACUAUAUUAAUAAAAGUCAUUUUGGUUCAAAUUGCCCUAACUCAGGCCCAAAAUGCUAACCAAAAUCCCCAGAGUGGGGAUGCAAUGAUGAUCAAAUACCCCACAUAUAUAUACCCACCCCCCUCUGGGGCUUGACAUUGAUAGGUGCAAUUAUAUGCAGGUUUAUUUUGUAUUCUCAUGUAAUGUACCACAAAGUAUCAGCAGCAUGUUAUUGUGGGACCUUUGAUCAAUAUGUAUAUAAAUAGACAUAUUUUUGUUUUAUUGUUGCAUUAAUUUUAAUGAAAAAUGAAAAUUACUCACAAAGUUGGUCAAGUGAAUGUACAAACUAUUUAUUUCUUCAUUUAGUACAGCCCAUGUUACAAUUAUGUACUUGUCUUAAUUGCAUGAGUCAGUGGCGUGCUGGGUACUAUUUUUCUGGGGGGGCCAGUGGAUUGUCAACCAAUAUGCGCCCCUAUAAUGUUACGCUUGAUACACGAGGGCAGAAGGCACGAGCCGAGCGCCGUAGGUUCAAGGUUUGUCUAGGGGGGUCCGGAGGCAUGACCCCCAGGAAAAUUUUUGAAUUUAGAGUCUCUGAAAUGCCAUUUCCUUGACUUUGGGGGAAGACUUGACAGAAAUCUGAUGGUCAGAAAACGGCAUUGUAACGUGUCGAAAUUUGAAAUUUGGUUUGAAUUUAGUAGAGUGCUUCAAGCGAUUAAUCUAAUCCCAAUUCUAUUCUUUACUGAUCUAGUAAUCUGAAUACAUUUACAACUUUCACACCCACUUUCAAAAUUCGGCGCCCCCUUUUCAUUUUUGCGCCCCCCAAGAAUUGCCAGCUGGGGGGGCCGUGGCCCCCCGGCCCCCCUGCCAGCACGCCACUGGCAUGAGUGUGCAUGACAGACUUUUUUAUUUUAAUUGUGCACACCCACUUAUGAUUAACCUAGUUUUUGUUUAUGAAAAUCUAAAAAGUUACCUAAUUGAAAUAAGAUCAUUGCUAUAACUUGCUAAACCUAGUCAGUUACAAUUAUAUCACAAACAUCUGUCAACGUACACUCGUGCUCUCCCUUACCACUUGAGUCUCCCACUCACCACGUCGCUUUAUGAAAAUUUUUUGAUAAAAUCCUAUUUUAAAAAAGUCAACCCUAUACUUGAUAUGCUGAACAUAGACCUCUAAGAUAUCUCCUGUGGCAAUUAGUCGGUGCAAAUACUCGCAUAGUUGAGAAACAAGAUAACCAAUGUGUGUCCAUCCAGUUCCAUAGUCUACAUCAAUUGCAAUUGCACUUGGGUCCAUUGGAUUCAAUGGCUCUGGCCAUAUUCUUACAUUCACUGGUUUAUCUUGUCCAUGAAGAGCAAGGUAUGCUGUUGAUGUUGGUAUUUUUUCUCAUGAGCAGCACCGAUGCACUUGAAUGGUACAGCAUGGGUGAUUUCGUCCUUGUCACUUUCAUCCUCAUCACUUAACUGGUCACCACUUUCUUCCCUAUCACCUUCAUUACCAUAUCCAUGCUGACCAGGUUCAAGACCAGCCAACCACUCAAGUAGAUCUCUUAAAUCUACAAAAUCAUAACAAGAAAAUUUUUAUUUUAGUAUUUUGUACAUAAACUGUAAUCUCUAAAAUUAGAAAUCUAAUGCAAAAGUGUGUCACUAUUGACAGUAAUAUUUAUAGAACACACAAAUAUGGCAAUAUUUUACAGAUGAAAAUUGAAAAAUAUCACUAUUGUAUGCACAUAUAUAUAAAAAUCUAUCCACAACUAGAUACAAACAGGCAUUAUACUUCAGCAAAAAUUUAUUAAACAAUUUGUUUAACUCAAAGCAUGAACAUAUGUAUCACAGUGACACAGUACACAGACACACACAAAUAGGGUCAAACUAGAGGCAUUUAUAAACAAAUAUUACGCCAUAUUAAUUUUGUACAGUGUAUUUAUAAAAUUACAGUACAAGGUUAAAAACAACAAAGCGGAUAAUAAUUUGACUAAAUAACAAGGUAACUGUAAUGCAUUGUAGUAUACCAACCUUAAAUAUUGCGCUUGUUUUCACGUUGAUGAUACACGGAGAUUUAACGUCAUCCAAGUUAGAAAGAAGAGCCUCGCUACUGGGAAUAUAACACAAUUCCUUCGCUCAGACGCAUUUAUCAAGCUAAAAUGACAACAUGUCCCAUGCAAAUAUUUAAAAAAGGUAAACUUGGUAUAGUAAAACACAAGUCAUAAUGAUGAUCGCAACAAUACAGCAAUAACAUGCUGUUUCUUUUCACAAAGUAUCGCAGCCUGACACUUUUGUCGUUCGAAAGCUUCCAUAUUGGUUAAAUAGUCAGACAGAUGUUCACUCCUCGACAGUCAACAGUCAAUGAAGUCACGCGCGGAAUUAGGCGCUCAAUACCCAUGAUGCUUUGCGGCCUGCUGUCCAACCUCCUCUGGUCAUUGUGUGUAAAUUAAUACGGCAUUAACUGGGCAGUUUGGGAAAUGGCAGGCGUCAUUUGUUUCCGAACCAUUGGCAGUAUAGAUAAAGGUAUUCUAGUCCGUCUGCUUCUUUCUUCAUGUGCUAAACAGAUGAUUGAUAAGGCAGAUUAUAUGUGCCUGCACAUGUAAAAAACGCACAACUUUUAACAAACCUGCAGCAGACUUGUGCCACACUGCCACUUAUGCUUCAACAGCUUGUUAUCAAGAUGUUUCGCACUGUUAGUUCCCAGCUUGUUGAGGAGUUGCCAACGGCUUGUAGCCAAUAAAAUUGCUGCAAGGUUGUUAACUUGAAAGACUUGUUACAAGUUGUGCCAAUAUCUUGCCACCAUCCAGCAAUUCAACAACUUCACAAGAAGUCGUGAACGACAACCUAGUAGCAACUUUGAAACACUAGCAACAUUGUGUCAACUUAAAAUUUGUUUGCCUGUUUACAGCAACCAGGUAUAUUAAUCAUGUUUUUGCUCGUUACUCUGGUUUAUAUGAAAGAAUACAAAGCUCAGUCGCAUUGUAAUUAGCACCCAUGCAACGUUUCGAUACUCAGUCGAAUUGAGUGUCGAAACGUUGGGUCUUGAUUACAAUUCGACUGGGCUUUGCAUUCAUUCAUAUAUAAGCCAGACUAGCGAACGAAUUCAAAAUAUGAUUGUAUAUCAACUUGUUGAUAAGCUUGCUACAAGCCUGUUGUGAACACAUCUUGUAGAUAAUAUGUUACAAUUUUAAUCGUGUGAUAUUAAUUUAAUCGCGCAAAACAUGUAAAAUCUUCUCUCAUUCAUUUAGCUCCCCAUGUCAAGCCAAUCCAAUCUUGGCUAUUGUUAUCUUUUGACGGCUCAUCAGUCUCAGGUAGCCCCAGUCUCUCAGUAUAUGGCGAGAUCAGAGUAUCCGAUGGUGGUCUACAUUUUGAUGGCUCAACUUCGUUUAUGGAUACCCAUAUCAAAGAGUCACAUUGCCUGCAUGACACAGAGUUUUGCUCGAAAGGGUUUAGCUUUGCCACAAAGUUGAAGAUAGAUGAGGCAGCGAAUCGAUAUACUGAGCCGAAGUUCAUUCUAGACACUGGAGGUCAUGGAGAAAAGACUCGGGGUGUUUCACUGUUUGUUGAAAAUCAAAAACUUGUUGCUGAGGUCACCACUAAGAACAUGACAUAUAGAGUAGGUUGAGCGUAAUGCUGGUUUAAAGUUGCUCGUAGCUGUCGCGUCCAUGUCAAGCUACGCGAAGCAAUCACAGUGUCAUCAUAUCUCUCAUCUCUGCAAUCACUAAAGACUGAUAUAAAGCACGCAAAAGAUAAAAUAUACCCAGGCUGCAUGUAUUUUACAUCGGCAACUGUGACUUGAUGAUUUUGAUUCCCGACAGCCACGACUUAUGAUAGAAUUGGAUGGAAUAAAAUGCAUUUGCAUCAUAGAUAUCUUAUAUAGACUAGAUAGCGCAUCUUCUUUAGUAAAAUCGAAGCCAAGAAUAUUCCAGCGGUUACCCACAUUUGAAUAGAUGGCCGCCAUGUUGGUAGUUCCCACUCGCUAAUAAACGCUUAAAAAACAACAAUAACUUGCAUCAUUUGAAUAGUUUACUAGAAAAUACAUGCAUGCAGAAACCCUCGCCUUGCUGACAAAACCAUUGUAUUUUCCGAACAUGAAGUAUCUAAAGUAGUUGUCAUGCCUAAAAAUAUCACUUUUAAUUACAAAAUUAUAAAUUUCCCAACAUAUAUAUGUUAGGUAUGUAAUUAUACGUAAUACAAGCUUCAAUUUAAGGUAAAAUUCAACCACAAACAAUUCACAAAACGUUCCAAAAUGUUCUUUAUAAAACUAAACUACCUUUAGCUAUUAUUUAAUAUAUAGCUUUAUCGAUAAACUUUGAGUUUGCAAUAAAAUGAUUUCAAAUUCUCGCUUGCAAAUAACUUUGCUUAUUUUUUAUUUAAAAAAUUCAAUAUAAUAAAAAGGGAAUCAAUAUUAAAGAUACACUGAAAUUAUAUGCUGUCUUGUUUAGUUGUUUCAUAUACGCAAAAGCCGUCGGGUUUUAAAGCCAUUAUAAAAUCAAUAUUUAAAACAAAGUUACCUUCGUUAACGUCGGCUCCCUUUUUUUAGCCGAUUCUUUCGCCUUUUCUUUCUUGAAAUUUAUAAAAUCUUGCCGAAAUACGAGCAAAAAUGAAAUAUAUUUGCAAGAAAUUUAUCAAUCAUCAAAUCAAGAAAUGUUUGCUAUUUUGCUGUCGUCAUGCAGUCGUUAUAAUGCAAACUUUAAAUUGGAUCAAUCAGUGUCCGUUAUUCAUGACAGUCCGCCAUAGUUUUGAGAUCAGUGAGGAUGACCACCCAUCGUUGGUGACCGACGCCCGCGCUCAUUGAUGAACUUUAGACUUCGCUAAUGCUUUCGUUUCCCCGGGUGUAAAUAGCCGGGGGGGGGGAUUAGUACACCCGCACGGCGCUUCGCGCCGUCGGCUCGGGAAAAAUGUAUUUGGAAUAGGUUUACCUUUAUAAUAUUUAAGUUCCGUGUUUAAGAACUAGAAAACAUACGAAUCUUCUCGUUUCAUGGGAAUAUCCUGAGUUUGCAAUCAUGGCUUCAAUUUUUUUAAUUAUAGAAUAAUUAGAUACACUAUCUAGUGUAUAUAAGCUAUCUAUGAUUUGAAUGGAUUGCAAUGAAACGGAAUGAAUACCGAAGAGAAUAUAUUAUAUGGCACUUUAUUAAACUCUGAUUUUAGUGUUGUCACAUGGCUGUUUCCUCGCGGAAUGGAAAAUUCAUCUUUCGCCGAAUGAAAAUAUUUUUACCAUUGCACUCAUAAACAUUUAUUAUUUCUAUAAUAUAGAAUGCAAUAGAAUAAAACAAUAAAAUAUAAUAGAAUACAAUAGAUUACAAUAUGCAAUAGAAUAUAAUGGAAUACAAUAGAUUACAAUUCGCCAAGUUGAUGAGUGGACUGAGUGUUAAGAAGUGCCCAAAUUAAGAAAUGAACCAAAUCACUAAAAUGACCACCUCAAAAUUAGUCAGUAUACAAGGUUUUAAGACGUUUACAUGAAUUGAAUACACUUCGAAUGAUAAGUUUUCGAAAAUUUUGAAAUUACAGAUUAAAAUAUUGUUUUUGGGACGCGCGUCCUCCAAAAACAAAAAUUGCAGCACAUUUCAUAGUAAAUAUUAUUCGAAGUGUAUUCAUGUAAACAUCUUCAAACUUUGUAUACUUACCUAUUUUAAGGUGGUCUUUUUAGUGACUUGGUUCAUUUCUUAAUUUGGGCACUUUUUAAUACUCGUCCCCAGUCCUCUCAUCAACUUCGGAAUGGCUAAUACAUUAGAUUAGAAUACAAUUGAGUGCAAUCAAUACAAACAUACAUACAUAGACUUUAUUUUCUCACGCUGGCCCCAACAAAUCUUCGGCUAACUUCCAUGGGAGGCGUGAACAUUCACUACUUACCAAAUAUUAAAAGGAAGAGUUUGACAAAAAACGAAAAGACACUAGUUACAUUGUUAAACAUGGCAAACGAGCCAGCUUCAACUCAUUUAAUUUGUUUCACAAUUGUUUUGAAGAACUUAAGGAAUCAGAAUACAAUAGCAUAAAGUAGAAUACAAUUUAAUUCAUGUAUUUUAAGAAAGUGUUUGUUCCUCUUUGUACAGGCUGCAACUGCGCUAGUGUUAGAAGAAUGGAUCUAUGUCAUGAUGACCUUCAAGAAAGACCUAGGCGUAUUACUGUACUAUGAUGCUCAUUUGCGAGGCACGGAUAACAAGGGGUCACCUGUGCCUGUCAUACAUCCAGUGGACACCAAUAAAAAUUUUUUAAUUGGUCGAAAUAUUGAAGGUCUACCCUAUCAGUAUGCAGCUUUCGAUAUGGCGUCAUUAACAGUCUUUGAAGAAUGUUUACACGAAGGUGAUGUUAACCGCGCGUUCUUGUUUUUCUGGAGCGGAAGUAAGUAG